CCCUUUUCCAAAGCUAAAGUCAGUUCCUUUUCCAUCUGCCCCUUCAGCGGGAUCAUGCCCUACAGUUAAGAGUCCAAUUGGGUCUUUCUCACAUCCUUCCAUCCCAAUUCUAAGACAUCUUGGCUGAUCUUUAGAUUUUGCGUAUACUGAGGUCCAUUCUUCAUGAUGUACGGUUCUGUGGGCUUGAUGGGGUCAAGCAUGUACCGACCACCCUGCAUGACACAGAACAGUCACAUUUCCUUUAAAAAUCCCUCUGGACAUCAGGCAUAGUAGCAGCAUGCCUGUAACUGCAGCUACUGAGGCUGAGCGAGUUUGAGCCUAACGUGGGCAACUUAGAUCCUGUCUGAAAAUAAAAGGGGAUGAGGAUGUAGCUCAGUGGCAGAACAUUUGGUGAGUUCCAUCGCCAGUAGUGAAAAAUAACAUUCCCCUGGGGAACCAGACUACAUUGGCAGUUCUUUUAUGAAAUUUUGCUGCACAGGGGAGGAAAGCAAACAUGCAACAGCAUAGAAGUGUAGGAAACAGGAGUUUGACAUGAAAAAAAAUACAGCAGCUGAGUGCUGUAUGAUCGGAUGCUGGCAACAGGCUGGCUGGCUGCGCGGCAACCUGAGCAGUGGCCAGAUGGACAGGCGGCCGCUGGUUCGGGGCGUGCACGCAGUGGCCCCUCUGCGUGGGGCCUAGAGCGCAGUCUUCACCGCUUCUGAGGUCUGAGCCAGGCCAUGGGCUGACAACUAGUGUCGGGGGACGCGCAGCAGGGAGCCAGGACAGGAGGGCGCCGGGGCGCAGCCACAGAACUGUGGGCUGGACUCCAUAUUGCAAGGAAGGCAGAACUGCGCGGGCGAGGCCUAAACGUGAUCGCAGCCAAUCACGAACCUACUUCCGGCCCUCCCCUGAAAAUCGUCCCUCCACGGGCCUCUUUCUUCAGUCUCUCGUUUCCCUCCGGCGACUUGGCUGGUGGUGGUAAUUUCCGUUUCCGGCGGUCUCCAUGCGGACCUGAGCAAUAACUGUUGUCAACUGAGUAACUGUCGCUGAGCGGCUGAGGUGACGGCGUGAGUAGAUCGUGAGACUGCGCGUGUUCGAGUUACUUGUGAGUUGACAAGUCGCCACUAUGGAGACGAAGGAUCAGAAGAAACACAGAAAGAAACACAGUGGGCCCAAAGCUGAGAAGAAAAAGAAACGGCAUCUGCGGGAUCUUCAGCUUGGGGACGAAGAAGAUGCCCGGAAGAGAAACCCCAAAGCUUUUGCAGUCCAGUCAGCUGUGCGUAUGGCACGGUCGUUUCACAGGACUCAGGAUUUAAAGACAAAAAAGCAUCACAUUCCAGUGGUUGACCGAACUCCCCUAGAGCCCCCACCAAUAGUGAUAGUGGUAAUGGGGCCUCCAAAAGUUGGGAAGAGCACUUUAAUACAGUGCCUCAUUCGGAACUUCACCAGGCAGAAGUUGACUGAAAUCAGAGGCCCUGUGACUAUCGUGUCAGGUAAAAAGCGCAGGCUUACCUUCAUCGAAUGUGGGUGUGACAUCAACAUGAUGAUUGAUCUGGCUAAAGUUGCAGAUUUGGUGCUGAUGCUUAUAGAUGCCAGCUUUGGGUUUGAAAUGGAAACAUUUGAAUUUUUAAACAUCUGUCAAGUACAUGGCUUUCCUAAAAUUAUGGGAAUUCUCACCCAUUUGGACUCCUUCAAGCAUAAUAAGCAACUGAAGAAGACAAAGAAACGAUUAAAACACAGGUUCUGGACGGAAGUCUACCCGGGUGCCAAGCUCUUCUACCUCUCCGGAAUGGUACAUGGAGAAUAUCAGAACCAGGAGAUUCACAACCUGGGCCGUUUUAUCACAGUCAUGAAGUUCAGGCCUCUCACAUGGCAAACUUCUCACCCUUAUAUCCUGGCAGACAGGAUGGAAGAUUUGACAAACCCUGAAGAUAUCCGGACAAACAUUAAGUGUGACCGAAAGGUGUCUCUUUAUGGUUAUCUACGAGGAGCACACUUGAAAAAUAAAAGCCAAAUUCACAUGCCAGGUGUCGGAGAUUUUGCCGUGAGCGAUGUCAGUUUCCUCCCAGACCCAUGCGCUCUUCCUGAACAGCAAAAGAAGCGCUGUUUGAACGAGAAGGAAAAGCUGGUUUACGCACCUCUCUCUGGAGUUGGGGGUGUGCUGUAUGACAAAGAUGCUGUCUAUGUCGACCUUGGUGGCAGCCAUGGCUUUCAGGCAUUGGAGGUACCAGGGCCCACCCAGGAGCUGGUCCAGAGUCUCAUUGCUACCCACUCCACUAUUGAUGCCAAGAUGGCUUCAAGCAGAGUGACACUGUUUUCUGAUUCCAAACCAUUGGGGUCAGAGGAUAUAGACAACCAAGGGCUGUGUAUGCCAAAAGAGGAAAAGCAGGUGGAUGUGAGCACUGGUCGAGUGCGUCGCAGAGCUGUGUUUGGAGAUGAAGAAGGUGAAUCUGGAAGUAGUGAUGGGGAAGACGAUGAAGGGUCUGACAGUGACAGACUGGAAGGUGGCUCCAGUGGUGAUGAGACAGAGGAGGAACAAGGUCCUGAAGGCACUGAGCAUGAGUACGUGGCUGUCAGGGGUGUCAAGCGGCAGAAACUGGAGAUGGAGGAGGACAGUGAGGUGGAUUUGCCGGCAUUUGCUGACAGUGAUGAUGACCUUGAGAGGAGCUCAGAGGAGGGAGGGGAAGAGGAGGAAGCCGAUGAAAGCAGUGAAGAUGAUGACUUUGGUGGAGAGGAGGACAUUGUAGAAUUGAAAGCUGCUGGAGAAGGUGGCAAAGCAAGACUGUCACCAGCUGGCCUUUGGAGUGGCCACCAGAACCUGGAGAAGUCUUUGUCGAUGAGUAAAACAGCCCUUGCCACUUCUGACUCUGGCCACUGCACAGCAGAGGAGGCCUUUGUCUCUGGAGAAAGCUCCUCACCUAGCUCAGAGGAGGAGGAUGCAGGAGAUGGAGAGGCUGCUGGGGAGAAGCAUGUAUGCCCUCCUAGAGGGCAUAAUGGUGGUCAGAAACCAGGGUCGAAGAAAUUGAUGGAGGAGACCAGUGAUAUUGAAGAUUUACUCAAGGAGGAAGAAGAUUACGAGGAAGAAAAUAAUUAUUCCACAGAAACAUCAGGGGCUCUCAAGUGGAAGGAAGACCUCUCCAGGAAGGCGGCAGAGGCCUUUCUGCGGCAGCAGCAAGCAGCACCAAACCUCCGAAAGCUUAUUUAUGGGACAGUGUUCCCUUUAGUGACAGAAGAUGAUGAAGAUGAUGAUGGAGAUGCCCAAGAAGAGCUGGGAGGGCUGUUCCACAUUAGGCAACCUGACGGAGGAUGCAAGCACAAGGCUGAUGCAUUGGACUGCUCCAGGUUUCCUGUGGAAGCGCCCCAUGAUUGGGACUUGGAGGAGGUUAUGAGCAGUAUCCGAGACUGCUUUGUGACGGGGAAAUGGGAAGAAGACAAGGAUGCAGCCAAGAUCUUAGCAGAAGACGAUGAGCUCUACGGUGACUUUGAAGACCUAGAAACAGGGGAUGUGCACAAGGGAAAGCCAGACCCCGAUGCUCAGACUGAAGAUGUAGAGGGAGAAGUCAAGGAAGAAACUGACCCCAGCACAGAAGAGGACGCCAAGAAAAAGCAUUUGGAGAAGAAGAGAAAAUUGAAGGAGCUGUUUGAUGCAGAGUAUGAUGAAGGAGAAAGCACUUAUUUUGAUGACCUUAAGGGAGAAAUGCAGAAACAAGCGCAGCUUAACCAAGCAGAAUUUGAAGAUCAAGAUGAUGAAACUAGAGUUCAGUAUGAAGGUUUUCGACCUGGGAUGUAUGUACGAAUUGAGAUCGAAAACGUCCCCUGUGAAUUUGUAAUGAACUUUGACCCCCACUACCCAAUUAUUCUGGGUGGCUUGGGCAACAGUGAGGGCAACGUGGGGUAUGUGCAGAUGCGUCUAAAGAAACAUCGCUGGUAUAAGAAAAUCCUGAAGUCCCGAGAUCCAAUCAUUUUUUCUGUUGGGUGGAGGAGGUUUCAAACCAUCCCACUCUAUUACAUUGAAGACCACAAUGGACGACAGAGGCUUCUAAAAUACACCCCGCAGCACAUGCACUGUGGAGCAACCUUCUGGGGCCCUAUCACUCCACAAGGAACUGGGUUCUUGGCAAUACAGUCCGUCAGUGGUGUAAUGCCUGAUUUCCGGAUAGCUGCGACGGGAGUUGUCCUCGAUCUGGAUAAAUCCAUAAAAAUUGUGAAGAAAUUAAAACUAACUGGUUUUCCUUAUAAAAUUUUCAAGAAUACUUCAUUUAUUAAGGGAAUGUUUAAUUCUGCCUUGGAAGUGGCCAAAUUUGAAGGUGCUGUGAUUCGAACUGUCAGUGGAAUUAGGGGACAGAUCAAGAAAGCACUGCGGGCUCCAGAGGGGGCUUUCCGGGCCAGCUUUGAGGACAAGCUGCUGAUGAGUGAUAUUGUAUUCAUGCGAACGUGGUACCCUGUGUCCAUCCCAGCAUUUUAUAACCCAGUUACAUCUCUGCUGAAACCAGUGGGUGAGAAAGACACCUGGUCAGGAAUGCGGACCACAGGUCAGCUCAGGCUCGCCCAUGGGAUCAAGCUGAAGACCAGCAAGGAUUCCCUGUAUAAGCCAAUCCUGAGGCAAAAGAAACAUUUUAAUUCACUACACAUUCCCAAAGCCUUGCAGAAGGCUCUGCCAUUUAAGAACAAGCCCAAGCUCCAAGCAAAGGCUGGCCAGGUGCCCAGGGACAGGUGGAGGCCAGCUGUCAUCCGCGAGCCUCAUGAGACGAAGAUCCUGGCACUUCUGGAUGCGCUGAGCACAGUGAAUAAGCAGAAAGUGAAAAGGGCCAAAGAGCAGCGGCAUCUGCACAGUAAGGAGCAUGCCAGAGUGAAGCAGAAGGAGGAGGAGGAGAAGCUGAGGCGGCAGAAGGACCUCAGGAAGAAGCUUUUCCGAAUCCAGGGCCAGAGGGAGAAAAGGAAUCAAAAGUCCAGUCUGAAGGGGGCUGGGAGCAGUUGAAAGGGCCAUAGGAUGGCGGGGCUGGCUUUGGCUCCAUAGAGAUGUAUGGGUCAGAGUCUCACAGUGUUUGUUAGUAAAGCAGGGGUCUGGAACCCAGGAGAGACCUCUGCUCGAUACAUGACCCUGUCUGUGCCUUCAAGAGGAGAAAUGGGAAGACUGCUGGUAGGACUGCUGCUCAUUCUCUGUCCGGUGAUAUGGGGAUUUGAAGCAGUGUAACUUACAUGUAUUAUUUUACUUUCUUCUGCCUGUCUCAGUUGAAUCAUUUUGUGCUAUAAAAAUACCAUUAAAAUAUUUUCCAGUUAAUUUUGGUUUAGUGGUUUUCACUAAAUGCUUGACAGUUGCUUGGGAAUAAUCGUUUGCUGUACUAUCUUCAUGAUGAAUCUUUUAAGAGGGAAAGAAGUACUAAAUCGAACUCUUGGUUUAAUGUAAAAUCUUAGAGAAGGCUGUGUGUUGUUUUUAUUUGGUUUAUGUCUGUCAGAGUCUUUGAUCACUGAUCCUGAUGGAAAUACUAUAUCAUGUUCAUGUAUUUUGUAUAUUAGUGCCAUAGCUAGGUGAUAGUAAAUACUUCUCUAAAGCUUUAGACAGAGGAUUGCUAUGUUAUGUGCCUACAACAGACCAUAGAAAUGGAAUGUACUGGUGAAGUUCAUGCAUUACAUCCACUUAGCUGUAUUGCUUUUCUUUUUUUUUUUUUUUUUUCCGGUACUGGGAAUUGCACUUGCCAGGCAGGCACUGUCCCGCUGAGCUAAAUCCCCAGCCCCUGUAUUGCUUUUCUUAAUUGAACUUAUUGAUGGGCUCAUAUGGGUACUUUUAGGUGUGAUGUGUAGUUGUAUAAUCAUAUGUUGGUGUAGCACACAUGACCUAUAUAUGCUGUAUUCUUCAUGUGGUCAUAUGUUGGCAUAACCAUCAGUAACCUGACCCUGUGUAGUGUGAUGAGAGUCACGUACAGUGCAUACUUCGACUGGUUUCCCCCAAUGGUAACAUUCUAUAAAUAUUAGGAUGUUGACAUUGAUACAAUCUGCUGAUUUUUUUCAGAUUUCCUCCAGCUUUGUGUGUGUGUGUGUGUGUGUGUGUGU